GAACCACUGCUUCUCUUCACCAUUUCGCUGCUCCCUCCUCCUCGCCUCUUUCCUUCUCCAAUGUCAUCAAUGGCGGCGGCUACUCACCCCUGCGCUUCCAAAUCCUUCUCCAAAUCCUCCUCCUUCGCUCUUCCUAAACCCUUCUCCAAAUUCCAUUUUUCAUUUUCUCCUCUUCCUCACAAUCCCACUUUCCCCCGCCCUCUUCGCAUCUGUACCAGCUCUCUUUCCAACCCUUCCCCCAAGCCCUCCUCCACCGCCGCCUCUGCCACUUCCGUCGAAACUUCCGUCAUCUCCCCUGAGAUUUUCGUCUCCCGAUUCGCUCCCGAUGAGCCGAGGAAAGGCGCCGAUAUCCUCGUCGAGGCUCUCGAGCGCCAAGGUGUUACCAAUGUCUUCGCUUACCCCGGCGGCGCGUCUAUGGAGAUCCACCAGGCCCUCACGCGAUCUUCGACCAUCCGUAACGUUCUCCCCCGUCACGAGCAGGGUGGCGUCUUCGCCGCGGAGGGAUACGCUCGGUCCUCCGGCCUUCCCGGCGUUUGCAUUGCAACUUCCGGCCCUGGCGCCACCAAUCUGGUCAGUGGACUCGCUGACGCCCUACUCGAUAGCGUUCCCAUGGUAGCAAUUACAGGGCAAGUUCCGAGGAGAAUGAUCGGUACCGAUGCGUUCCAGGAAACUCCCAUUGUUGAGGUAACACGCUCUAUUACAAAGCACAACUAUCUGGUUCUUGAUGUAGAAGACAUUCCUAGGAUCGUGAGCGAGGCAUUUUUCCUCGCAAUUUCUGGUCGACCUGGUCCUGUUCUUAUUGAUAUACCUAAAGACGUUCAGCAACAGCUCGCGGUUCCCAAUUGGAAUCAGCCCAUGAAAUUACCUGGUUACUUGUCUAGGCUACCUAAGCCUCCCAUGGAUUACCAUUUGGAACAAAUUGUGCGAUUAAUCUCUGAAUCGAAGAAGCCUGUUCUGUACGUGGGUGGGGGGUGUUUGAAUUCAUCGGUGGAGUUGCGGCAGUUCGUCAAGCUCACUGGGAUUCCGGUGGCCAGCACUCUAAUGGGCCUUGGGGCUUUUCCUUGCUCCGAUGAUUUGUCUCUGCAAAUGCUGGGAAUGCACGGGACAGUUUAUGCUAACUAUGCUGUGGAUAAAUCUGACCUGUUGCUUGCGUUUGGAGUGAGAUUUGAUGACCGCGUGACAGGGAAGCUUGAGGCCUUUGCGAGUCGGGCGAAAAUUGUUCAUGUGGAUAUUGAUUCGGCCGAGAUUGGGAAGAACAAGCAGCCCCAUGUAUCAGUCUGCAGCGACGUGAAGUUAGUCCUGCAGGGAAUGAAUCGUUUACUUGAGAAUUCUGAGAAGCUUCACUUCGAUUUCUCUGCGUGGAGAGAAGAGCUGAAUGAGCAGAAAUCGAAAUAUCCUUUGACUUUCAAGACAUUUGAUGAGGCCAUUCCUCCACAGUAUGCAAUUCAAGUUCUUGAUGAGCUAACCAACGGUGAGGCCAUCAUAAGCACAGGGGUGGGGCAGCAUCAAAUGUGGGCAGCUCAGUUCUACAAGUACAAGAAGCCACGCCAGUGGCUAACCUCCGGUGGUUUAGGUGCGAUGGGCUUUGGACUGCCUGCAGCCAUGGGGGCAGCAGUUGCAAAUCCUGGCGCGGUUGUCGUUGACAUCGAUGGAGAUGGUAGUUUCAUGAUGAACAUCCAAGAGCUGGCCACGAUCAGUGUCGAGAAACUUCCAGUGAAGAUCCUACUGCUGAACAACCAGCAUCUGGGCAUGGUUGUGCAGUGGGAGGAUCGGUUCUACAAAGCCAACAGAGCUCACACGUACCUGGGAGAUCCAUCAAAUGAGUCUGAGAUAUUCCCGAACAUGUUGAAGUUUGCAGAGGCGUGCGGGGUGCGGGCGGCACGGGUGACAAAGAGGGCAGAUUUAAGAGCAGCAAUAAAGAAGAUGCUGGAGAGCGAAGGGCCUUACUUGUUGGACGUGAUUGUACCGCAUCAGGAACAUGUGCUGCCGAUGAUUCCCAGUGGUGGUGCUUUCAAAGAUGUGAUCACAGAGGGAGAUGGAAGAUCCAAAUACUAAUAGGAAUAACUUAUCCUUUUCGCUCUAUGUACAUUUUUGUUCCUUUUUCUUUAGUUUGUUUUAUCACUGUCCUUUUGCUUUAUCUCAUAAACAAUGCUAUAAUGAAUCCCCUUUUGAGCUCCCUCUUAGCACACUCGGGCCAUGCUUACAGGUUGGAAAUGAGAAUGAGAAACUGAGUAGCACUACAAGAUUCU